CAAAAAGCUAGUCGGUUCGUACAAGGUCGUGUUUAAAAUAUUGAAUACUGGAGGCACAGAAUAACACAGAUUUGGCGGAAAAACAAACUUCGGAUUCAUUACUGCGCUUCAACAUAAGAAUGUAUAUACAUAAAAAACGACAACAGACAAACAUUCUUGAUGAAUACAAACUUAUUAAUAUAAGAAACAUUUCCGAAAAACACGCUAAAGUUAACCUUCUAGGUGUGAUUAUUCAGAAACAGUCCGUUAAACGAUGCUCUACUAAUUUCUCGGGUUCGAAUAGUCAAGCUGUAUUAGGAUUCACUCUUAGAGACAGCACAUAUGAUUGGAUCAACGGAAGCUAUUGGGGUUCAUUCUCGAGUGUUAAUUCGGUGGCAUCCCAAUUUAACAUUGGCGAUUGCGUGAUUGUGCUUAAUGCCAAACUAAAGUUCAAAGAAAGAAACUCUUAUGAAGAACGUUUUAUGGUUCAAACACCCUCAAAUUAUCAUCUGCUUUUGAGGGACAGGAGUGGAAGCAUUACACAAUAUGCACUUCCUGACAAGUUAUACAUAAGCCGCCUAAAAUCAUCUUUAGUAUGUUCGGCAGCUUAUCACAGACCUCUGCAUCAAGUAAUACAGGAAAUCUACUCCAAAAGAUUCUCAAACAACCAAAGCCACUUCAACUGGAAAAUAUAUAAUCCUUCUUUAGAGUUCACGUUCUUUGCAGUUGUUUCGGAAGUAAAGCACCCAAAAACUUUAAUAAUGUCUCAAAAGAAACUAAAGUGUGAAGGAGACGAGGAAUUAACAAUACAAAACGCAAGCACAACCAACAAAUCAAAGUCAAUUCAGUCGAUGGAAGCAGUUCAAACGGUACUUCAGCUGUGUGAAGUCAUGCUUUUUGAUGAUUCAUGCAACUGUCUUCCGCUAAUCUUUUGGAAUGAAGAGUGGAUUCACAUUGCAUUAACAGCUUUUAUACCAUAUUCUACCGUUUUAUCAAUUGUAAACUGUCCAGUUCGUUACGAUCUCUACCGCAAAGGUGUGGUUGCCUCACCAAACUCAAAAACACUAAUCAUUAUCUCACCUGACUGUGCAGAGGCCAAUCGUUUAAGUCAACACUCCAAGCAUCGGACUCAAAGCAUAGAUAUUUUAGAAAGCGGCCACACUUCGUUCACUGUUGAGAAUGUAGAUGACAGACUAUUACAAUCUUUACCAAUGGGAUAUAAAACUGCUCAACCGGAGAUUUACAAAGUUCCUCUGACAAGUAUUCACAAUAUCUUAACUGUUCGAGACCUCAAAGAAGGAAAAGUUGUCGCUGGAUACGCUUGUACAUUCGCCGUGUUUACGAAAAUCGAUUUGGACUGUGAAAAUUCACAAUACCUCAUAACACUGCAAUGCUCUAAUUGUCAUGGUCGUUUGAGGUCAUGUGAUCCGCCAGCAGACUAUGAUGUGACAGCACCUGGAAAAAAAUUUGACCCAAAUGUUAAAUGUAUGUUUGCAAUGUGCACCACUCCAGGUUGUCCGACAAGUGGACAAAGACUGUCUUGGUUUGAUAAACAACACGUAAAUAUUUCAUCGCAUGUGAUGACACAUAGACAAUAUUAGAUAGGGAUAAUGCCCCAUACAAAACUGUACAAAUAAAUAAUUUCCUCCAUGAAUCUUGAAACUUCUCUACAGAUGGAAUACGGUACAUUUGUUCAUCUAUCAGACCAUACAGGAACAUAUUCUAGAUGUCUUUUAGCCAGUAUUGCAAUGGAAAAACUUUUAGGAUGCAAUGUCGAAGAAUUUCUACAUUUACCAUUCGAAAAACGAGUUCGUUUGAAGUGGGAGUUCUGUCUUAGAAGAUUUAAGGUUUAUUUUUGGACUGAACAGAUUAGUUAUAACAAUCCAUCACCUUUAAUCAUUAUUAUAGGCGUUGAAAAACCUAAUGCUUUUGAAGUAAUGCAUUCAUUGAAAUUAAACAGAUAAUAUUAUUUGUUAAAUUGAUUCAUAUAUCAAAGAUCUUAGACAUUUCGUUGAAUAACUUUUCGCUACUGAAUUUUUAAAAGCUUUGUUUGUUGUUUCUAUGAAAUCG